AGGACCUAUGCAGUGGACCCAGGCACUCUCUUCUCUUUGCUGGUUGCAGUGGCCUUUUCCUUGUUCUUAUCUGGCGGUUCGUGGGGCCAGGGGGUUGGCGGGUGGGAGAAGAGUUUGGCUAUAAUAUUUCUUCUGUAUUUUACACACAUACUGUUCUCUCCGUCUUACACACACACACACACACACACACGCACGCACACACACACACCCGCUCGGGCCCCUCUCCGUGUGUCUUCCUUCAAGAUGACAGGGCGCUGGAGAAAAGGCUGCUGGAAUCAGCUGGUGAAAGCCCAACCUCUGUGGUUCUUAAUGCCUCAGCAGGAUUAUUUUCACUAAAGAUGGAAACACUGGAGUCUGAAUUGACCUGUCCAAUCUGCCUAGAGUUGUUUGAAGACCCCCUUCUGCUCCCUUGUGCUCAUAGCCUCUGCUUCAGCUGUGCCCAUCGCAUCUUGGUCUCCAGCUGCAGCUCUGGUGAAUCCAUUGAACCCAUUACUGCUUUCCAGUGUCCUACGUGCAGGUAUGUUAUAUCGCUGAACCACCGGGGCCUGGAUGGCCUCAAGAGGAAUGUGACCCUGCAGAACAUUAUUGAUCGCUUCCAGAAAGCUUCAGUCAGUGGGCCCAAUUCCCCAAGUGAGAACCGCAGAGAGAGGACUUACAGGCCCAGCACCGCCAUGUCUAGUGAGAGAAUUUCUUGCCAGUUCUGUGAACAGGACCCACCAAGGGAUGCAGUGAAAACAUGCAUCACCUGUGAAGUAUCUUACUGUGACCGUUGCCUGCGGGCCACACACCCCAACAAGAAACCUUUCACCAGCCACCGCCUGGUGGAACCAGUGCCAGACACACACCUUCGAGGGAUCACCUGCCUGGACCAUGAGAAUGAGAAAGUGAACAUGUACUGUGUAUCUGAUGACCAAUUGAUCUGUGCCUUAUGCAAACUGGUGGGGCGUCACCGUGACCAUCAGGUCGCAUCCCUGAAUGAUCGAUUUGAGAAACUCAAGCAAACUCUGGAGAUGAACCUCACCAACCUGGUUAAACGCAACAGUGAACUAGAAAAUCAAAUGGCCAAACUAAUACAGAUCUGCCAACAAGUUGAGGUGAAUACUGCUAUGCAUGAGGCAAAACUUAUGGAAGAAUGUGACGAGUUGGUAGAGAUCAUCCAGCAGAGGAAGCAAAUGAUUGCUGUCAAAAUCAAAGAGACAAAGGUUAUGAAACUGAGAAAGUUGGCUCAGCAGGUUGCUAAUUGCCGCCAGUGUCUUGAACGGUCAACAGUCCUCAUCAACCAAGCCGAGCAUAUUCUGAAAGAAAAUGACCAGGCACGGUUUCUACAGUCUGCAAAAAAUAUUGCUGAGAGGGUCGCUAUGGCAACUGCAUCUUCUCAAGUUCAAAUUCCAGACAUCAAUUUUAAUGAUGCCUUUGAAAACUUUGCUUUAGAUUUUUCCAGAGAAAAGAAACUGCUGGAGGGGCUAGAUUAUUUAACAGCCCCAAACCCACCAUCUAUCCGAGAGGAACUCUGUACUGCCUCCCAUGACACGAUUACAGUCCACUGGAUCUCGGAUGAUGAGUUCAGCAUCAGCUCCUAUGAGCUUCAGUACACCAUAUUCACUGGCCAGGCUAACUUCAUCAGUAAGUCAUGGUGUAGUUGGGGCCUGUGGCCAGAGAUAAGGAAAUGUAAGGAAGCAGUAAGCUGCUCAAGAUUGGCCGGGGCGCCACGAGGCCUAUAUAACUCAGUGGAUAGCUGGAUGAUUGUGCCCAACAUUAAACAGAACCAUUACACGGUGCAUGGACUCCAGAGUGGGACACGCUACAUCUUCAUUGUUAAAGCCAUAAACCAAGCAGGCAGCCGGAACAGUGAGCCUACCAGACUGAAAACAAACAGCCAACCGUUUAAACUGGAUCCCAAAAUGACACACAAAAAGUUGAAGAUCUCCAAUGAUGGACUGCAGAUGGAGAAGGAUGAAAGCUCUCUGAAGAAGAGCCAUACCCCAGAGAGGUUUAGUGGUACAGGGUGCUACGGGGCUGCAGGAAAUAUAUUCAUUGACAGUGGCUGCCACUACUGGGAGGUUGUCAUGGGUUCCUCGACAUGGUAUGCAAUUGGUAUUGCCUACAAAUCAGCUCCAAAGAAUGAGUGGAUUGGUAAAAAUGCCUCCUCAUGGGUCUUCUCACGCUGCAAUAGUAACUUCGUGGUGAGACAUAACAACAAGGAAAUGCUGGUGGAUGUACCCCCACAGUUGAAGCGUCUGGGUGUCCUCCUGGAUUAUGACAACAACAUGCUGUCUUUCUAUGACCCAGCUAACUCUCUCCAUCUUCAUACUUUUGAUGUGACCUUCAUUCUUCCAGUUUGUCCAACAUUCACAAUCUGGAACAAAUCUCUAAUGAUCCUGUCUGGCUUGCCUGCCCCAGAUUUUAUUGAUUACCCCGAGCGGCAGGAAUGUAACUGCAGGCCUCAAGAGUCCCCCUAUGUUUCUGGGAUGAAAGCUUGCCAUUAAGUUUCAAGAGAGCAUGUAAUUCACUGGCUCUCCAAUUCAGCAGUUCUUCCCCUUCAGCAGUUCUUUCCCUCCUAAACCUCAGUUAGUGUUCAAUAUACAAGAUACAAAAUAAAGUUUAUUUGAAGCAUCCAAAAUAACUAGAUAUUGUAGAUUUAAUUUUUGUGCAUUAAGGCUUGUAUUUAAAUUAACGCAUUGAGUUCUCAGAACAAAUUGUCUGAGCAAUCUGGGUUCAAACCAUUGGAAAAGAAAUUUAGAGAAUGCUUCUGUUGUCAUUGGAAAAUUUAAAAUUCCCAGUGAUUUAAAAAUAGAAAUGAUUUCAGAAGAAAUUAGGGUGAUUCUAGGUAAAUGCUAUAGAAAGAUACUCUGAACAAGGGGCUAGCCAACCAGAAACUAGGGGUGGGGGAGUUAGGCUUUCUAAUACUGGUCAUUUAGGCUAAAUAUAAUUUCGAACAGUGUCAAAUUAUCACAUAUUAUAUGCCGCUAUUGAUAAAAAAAAAACUAUACUCAAAGAUUUAUUAUAAGGAAACCGUGAAUGUGUAUAUAAAAUGAAUUAUACACUCAUGUAUAAUUAUACAUUCAUGUAUAAUUCAUUUUAAUAUAUUGUGUACACACAAUAACUUUUUAAUUUUCUCAUUUGAGUAAGAAAUAUACUGGGAGGGAAAAUAAAUUACAUCAUGCAUUUUUGUCCCCUAACAGAAGCAUCAAAUUCAAUCAACACUUCUCCCUUCCUUUCAUCCAUCCUUAUCUUCCUCUUGUCACAUACACACACAAUCAUGACAUAGAUAAUGAGAAGAGCUCUAGGUUGGAUUAUGAGAGAUUUGGGGAAAAUAUUGCACAAAAGAUGCUAUCACUGUAUAGAAAAUAAUUCAGGUAGAAGGGUCCUAUAUAGCACAAUUUCACUGAUGGUACCUAAUAGAAGAGGUCCAUCUGAAUUGUUAAAAAGUCUGUCACAGAAUAUUUCAAAGAAAUACAGUUGUAUUACUCUCAAGUACAUACAUUUACUAGAAUUAGGCCAAAAAGUAUUGCAUAUGGAGUUUCUUUAGGAACCUGCUUUACUUAUUAAGAAUGAAGUGUUGUAGAUGCAACAACUAUUUGCAUAUAAAUGUACUUGCAUUUUCAGAUAAAACACUUCUGAAGUGCUUAUGAAUGCCUGAGAACAGUUUGUGUCCUUAAGACACUAACCAUUCCUGUUGCAAUCUUAUUUACACUAUUCAUUGUUAAUCUAAACUCUUCAUUGCGAGUGCAGACAUAAACUUCAUCCCAAUUCUCAUUAAUAUAGUUGAAGGGAACGGAGCUUUAUGGUUCGUGAUUUUGUCAGUUCCAUUGUAAGGAUUGGGGAUGUCAGAGGACCAGAGCUUUCUCCUUCCCAGGUGCUAAAUCUGCUUCAAGGAGUCUACACCUUGGGAGUUGGGAAAAUGUUACUGUUAUACAAUUAGAAAAUGGUGACUGUAACAAUCCCCCAGAUGGAAGCCUGCAAACAAUGUCAGAACUUCUUCCCUCUUCCUUUCUACCUGCUUAGUGGAUGCUCAUUUAUUAAUUUGUUCAAUAAACUAUUAAAUGCCAGGUACCACAAUUACUGCCAUAGGAGUGCACAUAUAAAUGAAACACAGUUCCUGCUGUCAAAUGGCUUUACUCUCCUGUAAAGGAGAUGAUCUAUAUAUUGGGUCAUCAGAAAACUCAUGACAUAUUUUUCAUGUUUUUCUAUGUAAAAGAGUCCUGACUUUUCCGACGACUGAAUACAAUAAAUCCUCCCAAAUACCAGUUAUGUAUUUUUUGUUCACCUAACAUAGAAACCCAAACUGAUGCAGAUCAGAAAGAAGGCUCAAACUUAGAUAUCUAGUGGCAAAGUCAGCAUUUUUGUUGCUGUUGUUUGAAAGACUGCAUGUACUUACCAUUAAUCGGGAAAUGAGCAACUUCAGUAAGAUUCAGAGUGCUGGUAAACAACUUGCUGUAUUGGAAAGCUCAUAAUCUUUGGAUUAAACCAACCCCAGUUUUUCUGCCAUUUACUAGCAAUACACCCUAGGGCAAGUAAUACAUUUCUCUGAACCUCUGUUUAUUCUUCUGUAAAAUAGUAUCUAAUUCACAAAGCUUCAAAGAUUUAAAAAGAUAACAUCUGUAAACUGCUUAGCACAGUGCCUGGCAUUUAGUAAGUAUAGUAUACCAUAAAUAUUAAUCUACUCAUCUACCCUCAGACCCAAUGCAAUGUAAAAUAUAUGACCUUCAUUUCUCAGUUACCUGGUCUCUACCUUAGAACCUAUCCUCAAAUCCUUACAAGAGAGGAUUUUUUUAUUCCUUCAUAAAAUCUUUCACCGGCUCCCUCACCAUUCAGUAGACUAUCUCAACUUCUUAGAGUUUGACUUUUCAUGUCUCUGCUUUCCCAGAUUCAUCUUUUGCCAUGUUCCCCCUCACACUGAUUAUUGUAGCAAAGUUGAACUAAUUUCACAAGUUGUUCUUUGGGCCUGAAGCAGAGAUGUUAUUAACUAUUUUUGCCCAGAAUAGAUAAUAGGAUUAUAAUCCUAACUUAAAAGAAUAGUAUGAAAACAUAAAAAUACAAAACACUCUACCUCCAAUCCCGUUCAGUUUCCUUUGCCUUGUCUUUGGCUCUUUAGAAGCCAUUCAUUUAUUUUUAUGUCCUUUAGAUUUUAGUACCCUGGGUCAAAGCUUUUGACUCUAGCCUGUACUACCUUUCCAUAUCUUGGACCCUCCAAACCAGACUAACUGCUGACCCCAUAGACUGGGUUAUGUGCCCAUCUUGAAACUCCAAUGGCACCCUGAGCCCCUCCCUCUCUCAGCAAUAAUCACAUCAUAUAAUAGUGUUUUCCAAAGUGUUUUCCUUAGACCACCUAUGUUAGAAAACUAUGGGGUUUGUUAAAAUAGUUGAUUUCUGAACCCUGCUCCUGAUCUACUUAAUUAGACUAUCUGGGGACAUAGGUGAGAAUUUAUAUUUUUGACAAGCUUCUCAUGUGAUUUUGAUGCACACAAAAGUUUAAUGUAUAAUAAUCAUCUUCCCUUCUAAACUGUGAAUACCUUGAGAGCAAGGACUGUGUCUUUUAUUGUUGUUGUUGUUGUUGUAUUUUGAAUACCUGGCACAGUGUCUGGAACAGAGUAGUUGCCUGGCUAAUGUUUAUUGAAUGAAUGUAUAAAUGAACAAAUGAAUAAUCAAAGUUUCCCACUUAUUCUGAUAUCCAUAGUGGUGCUUGUUAUGUCCUGGGCAGAAAAGCUUGGUUACUUCCCCAUUUGGGCUGUAUUGGUAUCGUUUUGCAGAUGUAUCAAGGCUCAUACAUAUACAUGAACAUUGUUUUCCUCAGAAACUCUUUGGCAGUUGUCUUGAGGAAUUUUCUUUGGAGGACGUGACACCAUUCUUUUUGAUGGCAUUUCCAAUAAUUUCAAACUUUGUUCUUUGAAGAUGGAUUUUAGUUUUGGUUAUAGCCAAAAAUCACUCAGGGGUAAGCCUACUGAAUAAAGUGGGAAAUUAAAAUGAAUUGGGGGUAAGCAAUGAAGUUGCUAAAGUCCCAACCUCUGGGCCAGACAAUGCAAAGCAAUUUCCAAGAUACAAUGUGGUGGCAAAGUACUUCCAGAUAUUUAUUUUAGUAAACUUAAGACUUUCACAGAACCCUGGCAAUACUAGGGACCUUAAGAGAAGUCACUGGCUACCUCUAGCUAAACCCAGCUGAACAAAGGAAAUAGGAUCUGUAUUUAACAUCUUCAAGGAAGGUGACUCCAUAAGCUUAUGUUGUUUUGCUUUACUCAGUCUAUUCUGCACAACAUUCUCUGCUAAAAUUUAUUUUCUGUCUGCAAUUUAUGCUUAUUUCCACUUUUUAUAUUACCUUCUUGAAGAAAGCACAAAACUAAUUAAAAAUAAAGUUAGACUUGCUUUAAGAAUAUGAAAAGAAUUUUAAUGCCACAUUGAGGUUCAGUUGUAAGAGUAACUGCAUCUGGAUAUGUUUUUAUUAUGUAAUUCCAUUGUGUAUCUUUGGAUGCAGUGAAAUUCAGAUAGCAGUAAAAUCACUUAUAUGUUCUUUUCAGCUAAAACAUACUAGAUGAAUUUUCUAAGCUUUCAUGGUUUACAUAUUUAUAAAUGAAUACCUGGAUGGAGCAAUCCAUGGAUGGACUUUUGAAUAAGCUGAAAUAUUUGAUAUCCUUUCCUCCAAGGAAUAAAGAAUGUGAGGCAGGUAGAUAAGAACACUCUCACACUUGUUUCUAGAUCCUGAAACCGAUUACAGCCUUGGAGCCAUUGGGCUGUAUUAGGCUAUGUGUUACAGGUUGGCUAGACUGGUUGCCAUCAAGUCAGGCAAAACUGCCUUUUAUGAUGUGGUCUGCCAGCUUCAGACAUAUGCUGUGCUGUUGUUAUUGGCUAGAAUAUUUAUUAGAUUAUUGUUGGACUAUUUUUUAUCAAAUGCUCUACUCCAGGCCUGUUUGCACUGGGAGUUCUGGACCAAUAGUGUCCCUCCUAGUGACAAAAUAUAAACAUCUGCGGAUUACACAGCCUCAUCUCUCUCCAAAAUAUCCUGA